UAUAUAAAAGGUUUUAUGCGUUCAUUUAGAUACAUCAAAUGUAUGCAAAUAGUUUGUGGAACCUCACUCUCUGGUACCCAAGCCAAGCGGAGCAUCACAGUGUGUUAAUGGCAGAAUUAUAAAGAAAAAACAUGACUUGCAAUUAGUUGUGUAUGCUUGAUUUGCUGCUUACUAGACGACCCUUAAAGUAGCUGGUGGACGGAUUGAUUAGCGAAACAAUUUUACAGCAAAAUACGUUCUGUUGAUAGUAAAUAGUAAAACGGUGUUUUAUAAACCAGCGAACCAUAUUUAAAAUGCCUCAAGAAAUCAAGCGCGAGCGAAAGAGCACUCAGUCAAUGAUGCGCCCGAAAUCUAUUCACUGGAAUGAAGCUCCCUUGUCACCCUGCCCCAUACCGGAUAUUAGUGACGACGAGUUGGUAUCAAUAACAGUGAGAGAUCUGAAUCGUACUCUCAAAAUGCGUGGUCUUACCCGAGAAGAAAUCGUCCGUAUGAAGCAACGCCGACGUACACUAAAAAAUCGAGGAUAUGCUGCCAGCUGUCGCAUAAAACGCAUCGAACAAAAGGAUGAAUUGGAAACUGAAAAAUCACAAGAAUGGCGAGAUAUGGAAUUGAUGCACGAAGAAACGGGUCGUUUGCAAGAAGAAGUUGACUCGCUUCGUAACAAGUACGAAGCUUUACGAAAAUUUGCUAUUUCGAAAAAAAUUCCCUUGCCCCCUGAACUCGAUGUGCUAUAAAUUUUGUACGUGAUUUAAAGCGAUAAAAACAUAACUACCCUAAUGUAUAAGUAAGCUAUUAAAAUCAAUGAGAUGUCUAAGUAUUCAUAAAAUAUAAAAACCACAUCGUAAUAACAAAUUGGGGACAAAACAUCAUUUUGCAUCACUUACCCAUGAUAAGGUUGAGAAAUAUGCGUGUAUUUACAAAGUUCGGAUUGGUUUAUGUGAGUAUAGUUAUCACAAUACAAAUGAAUGUUUACCCGAAG